AUGGAACUAGUUGAGACGCAGAAGUGGAGACGGCUCAAGCUCCAGAGGACCGUGACACUAGUCCCAGCACCCACCUACCACUUCUGCUCACCUCAGUGCUCUCUACCCGGGAUUGCUCCUAAGCUUACCGAUAAUAGUAGAUUUGAAGAGAACUAUAAUGCCUGGCAUUUGCCCCCUUCUUGUAAGACAUCCCGUACCAUCUUUCCAAUCCUUUGCGAAUAUCACAAGACCGUUGUUUUAAUCCUCGCUAAGCGCUUCGUCACAAACACUCUAAAUAUGAGGGCAUAUUCAGCGUUAGAUAAUGAGGCAGGAGUGCAAAGAGAUGGAAACCUAAUAAUUGUUUCAUUCAGUAGAGGAUUAUUGGUGCAAAUAUGCUCACGUGCAGGUGUAUUUGGAAAAUUGGUACGAAUAUUAGCACAGGACACCGAGUACGACUGCUGUCUAGGGUUUAAUAACCCAAAACUUCCAUCGCCUAUCUACCAAUACUAUAAUCAAAUAUAUAUUUUUAGAGGUCCCGCUUUCGCCGCUUUCAACCGCUCCCCCGUAACCCGUGUCACUUGGUUCAAAUUCCUCGCCGAUGCAACACCCAAAUAG